GCAGGGCAUGGCCCGGAUUCUGCUUGUCCGAGAGGCGCGGGCAGCCUCGUGGCCCCCGCGCGGGCUCCCGGCCUGGGCUUCUUAAGAGGGACCGCUAAGUCCCGAGUAGGCUUUUCCUUCUCCCAACCGGUUUACCGCUUUGACGAUUUCCCGCAGGUGGCUGCCCCUCUGCAGCGAGGGAUGGGGGUGGGAGCCGGUGCCACCCUGGCCCUUGAGGGCUGUGCGUAAAGCCACUGGAAUGCUGUCCAAGGGCUAACGGGGGGCCUCAGGGAGGUGGCUGCGUGCGGAGGAGCCCCGGCCCAAGAGGUGUGCUAGCUGGGGCGCGUUGAGAUUGGAAGAUCGCUGCAAGAGAGUCUCUGGCUGGGGCCUGUGGAUCAGCUGGGGCCCGAGUCCUCCCAGCUGUAUAACUGACCAGGGAACGAGAGCUCUAGCUCUACGGCCCCCGUACUCUCCCAGAGGGAGGGGCCAAGGAUCAAGGCUCCGCCCUCCAGGCACGCGUCCCGCGUUGUGAGGGAGGGAGCCCUUUAAGAAGACUGGAGUGAGUUACGGAGGAGGGGAGAGGGGUCUCUAAGAUCUCCGUGAAACAGCGGAGCCUUCUGAGGAUCUUCCUUGUACCUGCUAUACUGCCUCCCUCCAACCGGGACAUCCAGGUUAGAGGCUUUCCCCAGGUGAGUUCCAGUCCCUCAGGUGGGAUCCUCUCCUGGUUGGAGCUUCUCCUAGGUUAGAACUCUCCUGAUGGGUGAAAGCUUUCCUAAUAUGCUAGACCCUCCCGCUCUAGAACCCCAUUACCACCCCUACCCUGUUGAGAAGUUAUUUCCAAGAGAGAGCUUUUUCCCAUGCCAUGGGGAGCCUACCCCUUAGGUGAGAGUAUUUCCCAGAUAAGACUUCCCUCUCCCACCCACCCACCUCCAUCUCCUAUUCUUUAAGGUCUUUCACUUCAGAGAGGAGCCUCUAGGCAGAUAAAAGAUUCCUCCCAGGUCAGAACUUUACCUCAGAUCAGAAUUUGCCUGGGGGUGAAGGCUUUCCCCCUGAAAGCUCUAUUUCUAGGUGACUUUCCCUACUUCAGGGGAGAGCUUCCCUUUCCAGAUGGGCGUGUCUCCCCCUGGGUGAGAACUUCCAAAUUCAAGAAAGAUCCCCUUCUCCUCAGACAUCCCCCCAGAUAAGGGAUACACAGGCACUCCUGUCUGCAACAUAGAUAAUGGAGUUGCAGAAGCAAGAUUACCAUGUGGACCGGCCACUGAUGAACCAGGAGCAACUGGAAGAACUGGGGCGCUGGGACUUGACACCUAGGACCUAUCCGUGGAGAACAUGGUUGAAGUGCUCCCAUGCACGGGCCCGUGCCCUUCUGAUUCAACAUCUCCCGGUCUUGGGCUGGUUACCCCGUUAUCCUGUGCGUGACUGGCUCCUGGGUGACCUGUUAUCUGGCCUGAGUGUUGCCAUCAUGCAGCUUCCCCAGGGCUUAGCCUAUGCCCUCCUGGCUGGAUUGCCUCCUGUGUUUGGCCUCUAUAGCUCCUUCUACCCAGUCUUCAUCUACUUCCUGUUUGGUACUUCCAGGCAUAUCUCUGUGGGGACCUUUGCUGUCAUGUCUGUGAUGGUGGGCAGUGUGACAGAAUCCCUAGCCCCAGAUGAGAAAUUCCUGCUGGACUCAAACUCCACAGUCAAUGAGACAGCCAGAGAUGUCACCCGUGUGCAGCUGGCCUCCACACUCAGUGUUCUGGUUGGACUCUUCCAGGUGGGGCUGGGCCUGGUGCACUUUGGCUUUGUGGUCACCUACCUGUCAGAGCCGCUGGUCCGCAGCUAUACCACAGCUGCAUCUGUGCAGGUCUUUGUCUCACAGCUCAAGUAUGUGUUUGGCCUCCAGCUGAGUAGCCACUCAGGGCCACUAUCCCUCAUCUAUAUAGUGCUGGAGGUCUGCUGGAAGCUACCCCAGAGUGUCAUCGGCACCGUGAUCACUGCAUUUGUGGCCGGGGUGGUGCUUGUGAUGGUGAAGCUGUUGAAUGACAAGCUGCAGCGGUAUCUGCCCCUGCCGAUACCUGGGGAAUUGCUCACGCUCAUUGGGGCUACAGGCAUUUCCUAUGGUGUAGGCCUGAAGAAGAGAUUUGGGGUGGAUGUUGUGGGCAACAUCCCUGCAGGACUGGUAUCCCCAGAAGCUCCCAACCCCCAGCUGUUUGUAAAGCUUGUGGGAAAUGCCUUCGCCAUCGCUGUGGUUGGGUUUGCCAUUGCCAUCUCACUGGGAAAGAUCUUUGCCUUGAGACAUGGCUACCGUGUGGACAGCAACCAGGAGCUGGUGGCCCUUGGCCUCAGUAACCUCAUUGGGGGUAUCUUCCGAUGCUUUCCUGUGAGUUGCUCUAUGUCCCGGAGUCUGGUACAAGAAAGCACUGGGGGCAACACACAGGUUGCCGGAGCUGUCUCUUCCCUUUUUAUCCUCCUCAUCAUCCUCAAACUCGGAGAACUCUUCCAAGACCUACCUAGGGCAGUUUUGGCAGCCACCAUUAUUGUGAACCUAAAGGGCAUGUUGAUGCAGUUUGCUGACAUAUGCUCCCUGUGGAAGACAAAUCGUGUAGACCUGCUCAUCUGGCUGGUGACCUUUGUGGCUACCAUCCUGCUAAACCUGGACCUUGGCCUGGCAGUUGCAUUAGCCUUCUCCCUGCUUCUUGUAGUGGUCCGAACACAGCUACCUCACUACUCUGUCCUGGGGCAGGUGUCAGACACGGAUAUUUACAGAGACGUGGCAGAGUACUCAGAUGCCAGGGAGGUCCCAGGUGUGAAGAUCUUCCGCUCCUCAGCCACCAUAUACUUUGCCAACGCUGAGCUCUACAGUGACACACUGAAGCAGAGGUGUGGUGUGGAUGUUGAUCACCUCAUCUCUCGGAAGAAGAAACUGCUCAAGAAGCAAGAGAUGAAGCUGAAGCGCCUACAGAAACACAAGUCACCCCAGGAACAGGCUGUUUCUUCCCAGGACAACUCAGUUUCCAUCAAUGUCAACACCAAUCUUGGAGACACCAAGAGCAAUGAUGUGGAGAGCUCUAAGACCAAGGCAAUGCCAGAGAAUGAGCUGGAAGAGAUUGUGGCUAGUGGUCAAGAAGAUGCCAAGGCUAUAGCUGUGCCUACGCUGAAAGCCCUGGGCCUGCCUCAGCCGGACUUUCAUAGCCUCAUCCUGGACCUGGGUGCCCUCUCCUUUGUAGACACUGUGUGCAUCAAGAACCUAAAGAAUAUUUUCCGUGACUUCCGGGAGAUUGAGGUGGAUGUGUACAUUGCAGCCUGCCACAGUCCUGUGGUCACCCAGUUGGAGGCUGGGCAGUUCUUUGAUGCAUCUAUAACAAAACGGCAUCUCUUUGUCUCUGUUCAUGAUGCUGUGACCUUUGCCCUCCAACACUCAAAGUCUGGCCCCAUCAGCCCUAUUUUGGCCACCAAACUCUGACUGUGUUAUUACCCUGCCCAAGAUUGCUCACCUCAGGAGGUUGUGAUGGAGCACCCUCAAGAAGACCCCCACACUGAGCAUGUGCCACUCAGGAGCCCCUUGGUGCAUACAUACAUACAACUCAGGGAUGGAGAUUUAGGAAUCCAGAUUCAGGUUAUAGGCCUGGAAGAGGGGUACUGUGGUUUGGCUGACCUUGGCCAGGCUUGGGGAGGGAGCCAAUGUCUAUUUUCAGUCUAAGGAAUAAAAAUUUGUUUAACCAGC